AUGACGCACACCCCGGCGCCGGGGCGCUUCCGUGACGUCAGCGCGAAGAUGGCGGCCCUGGCGCUGUCCCGCGGCGCGUGGUUCCCCGCGUUGCUGCUCGCUGCGGGGCCGGUCUGGGGAGGGGGCGCGCGGCGCUGGGUGCGGGCCCUGAGGCGGAGCCCCGUGAAGGUGCUGAGCCCCGGCCAGGGGCCGGGGGGGAAGGCGCCGAAACCGCAGCCGCAGCUGCCGCCGAAGCGACGGGAGAGGGCGAGCCCAGGCCCGGGCCGGGCCCCGAAGCCGGAGCCGCAGGCGAGCCCCGGUGCGUGGGAGGAGACGGGGCUGCGCUACGAGCGGGCCCAGCCCGGGGACCGGAGGCUGAGCAAAGUAAUGACAAUCGUCAAGUCCAGGACCUUCCGGGAUAAGCAGGGGAAAAUCUUGCUGGAGGGCCGGAGGCUGAUCGCUGAUGCCCUGAAAGCCGGUGCGGUGCCCCAGACAGUCUUCUUUAGUCGGCUAGAGUAUGUGAAGGAGCUCCCUGUGGAAAAGCUGAAAGGCGUCAGCCUCAUCAAGGUGAAGUUUGAUGAUAUCAAGGAGUGGUCUGACCUCGUGACUCCACAAGGAAUAAUAGGGAUUUUUGCCAAACCUGACCACGUUAAGAUGAAGUAUCCAGAGACCCAACUUCAACAUUCACUGCCCUUGUUGCUGAUCUGUGACAAUCUCCGCGAUCCUGGAAACCUGGGCACCAUCCUGCGAUCUGCCGCUGGGGCCGGCUGCUGUAAGGUGCUGCUCACCAAAGGUUGUGUGGAUGCUUGGGAGCCCAAAGUGCUCCGGGCUGGCAUGGGGGCUCACUUCCAGGUGCCCAUCAUCAGCAACCUAGAGUGGGAGGCUGUACCCAACUACUUACCCUCAGACACCAGAGUCCACGUGGCCGACAACUGUGGCCUGCAGGGCCACGCCCAGAGGUCUGGUGAAGCCAGUGACCAGGGCUGGGUUUGUGACCGGCGUUUUCAGAAACAUCGAAAGUAUGAGGAGGUGGAGGAUCUGGAGGAGGAAGCGGAGCUGGCCAGCAGCUGGAUCCCGGAACUUGAGGUCCAGAGUUAUGACACCGCUUGGACAGAUGCUCCAGCAGCUGUGGUGAUAGGGGGAGAGACGCACGGGGUCAGCUUGGAGUCCCUCCAGUUGGCCGAAAGCACUGGAGGGAGGAGGCUGCUGAUCCCCAUCGUGCCGGGAGUGGACAGUCUGAACUCUGCCAUGGCUGCCAGCAUCCUGCUCUUUGAAGGGAGGAGGCAGCUGCGCCUCCUCCAGGAAGAGCGAGCCCAUAUCAGGGAGGCAGGUGUCCCCUGGCAGGAGUCGCCAGGGCUGGGGUGAUGGGUGCAGUUUGGCCCCCCACCAUUCAUGACCGUCAGCGCUCAGGACCUCCACUCUCCUUACUUCAUUUUCACUUUUGAGGAGUUAGGAGGGGCUGAUCCCUGCAUUUAUUUCUAAUUAUAUUUUUUUCACAGAAGCCACAGUCUCUCAGGUGCUUGUACUUUUCUGGAGAAUAUCAAGGGGA